CCCUCUGCCAACACACCAAUAAUUCCAUUCAUCUCAGUUAUUAAUGAUCAGCCAAAAAUGACAACCACAAACCCCAGAUACAACCUCCGCAACCCACUCCCCCUCUCCGCCGCCCAAGAAGCCGAAGUCAAACAAUUAUACUACAAGCGUGUGCGCGCCUAUUGCGCGCCUGAGAUAAAGGCUUUCGCCGAAUGCGCGGUCAACCGCACGGUCACAGCAACGUGGGUGUGCCGGGCGCAGCGCCUCGCGAUGAAUUCUUGUAUGAUUGAGCAUGCGAAACCAGAGGAGGAGGAUCGGGCGCGGGAAGAGUGGUUUGCUUCGCACGAAGAGCGGCGGCGAGCGAAACUGGAGGAACAGGAACGGGUAGAGAAGAGGAGGGAGGAGGUUAUUCGCAUGAUGAGGGAGGAUGAGCAGCGGAAAUCGGAGGCAAAGGCGAAGGCUGCUGGGAAGUCAAGCUAA